CUCAGUAGCAUAUAGAAUAUGAUAUCGUCCAGCGCUUGGGUUCCUAGAGGCUUUGCCUCCGAAUUCCCCGAAAAGUACGAAUUGGACGACGAGGAAAUGGAAAGAAUUACGGCCAUGGCCAAAUUGGAAUUGGCUGAUGCAAAAGAAGAUUUGCACGAAGCCCAGGUUGAGGCUGGCGAAACUGACAAGUUGGGGGACCAGAUCGAUUUGGAUGACGACUUGAAGGAAUAUGACUUGGAGAACUACGACAACGAUGGAGCAGACAGCGAAGGAGAAGAAGUGACGAUGUUCCCUGGGUUAUCUAGCGAAGCCAAGUUCCACAAGGAAGACGGAGAAGGUUCUGAUCCCUACUUGACUUUACCCACUGAAACUGAUCUUCAGGAAGAAAAGAAAGAGUCACAGAUCUAUCCAACUGAUAAUUUGGUAUUAGCCACAAGAACUGAUGACGAUGUUUCGUAUUUGGACGUAUACGUCUACGAUGACGGUGCCGGGGCUCCAGAUGGAGCCGAGGAAGAAGAAGAGGACAAACUCGAUGCUGAUGUAGCCAAGGGGAUGGUCAGAGACUCCAAUUUGUAUGUGCACCAUGAUAUCAUGUUGCCAGCAUUUCCCUUGUGUGUGGAAUGGAUUAACUUCAAACCUGGCUCUGAAGAUGGAUCUAAUGUAGGUAACUUCGCUGCUGUAGGUACGUUCGAUCCACAGAUCGAGAUAUGGAAUUUGGACUACAUAGACAAGGCAUUUCCUGACUUGAUAUUGGGAGAGCCAGAUGCCAACUCAUUUGCCGGAGCCGGCAAGAAGAACAAGAAGAAGAAGAAGAAGUCCCAGCAUGUUACCACCCACCACACCGAUGCGGUGUUAUCGUUGUCACAUAAUAGAAUACAUAGAUCGGUCUUGGCUUCGACUUCUGCCGACCACACCGUCAAGUUGUGGGAUUUGAACAACGGCACUGCCGUCAGAUCGUUGAACACUAUCCACAACAACAAAACUGUAGCAUCUUCUCAAUGGCAUUCGCAGGAAGCUUCGAUCUUAUUGACUGGUGGUUAUGACAGCACUGUAGGCAUUACUGAUGUGAGAAUUUCUGAUGCCUCUAGUAUGACCAAAAGCUACAAUGUAGCACCUGGUGAAGAGGUCGAAAACGUCCACUGGGGCCAUUCUUCAGUACCAGAGAUUUUCUACGCUGGUACAGACAGUGGUAAUGUCUAUUGUUUCGAUGUCAGACAGAUGGAAAAACCAUUGUGGACUUUGCAUGCUCACGACUCUGGUAUCUCUUCCUUGGAUGUUAACGCGCACAUCCCAGGAAUGUUGAUUACCAGUGCCAUGUCCGAAAAGACAGUCAAGCUCUGGAAGGCUCCUGUUGAAUCUGGCAAGGGUCCAUCCAUGGUCUUGUCUCGUGACUUCGGUGUAGGUAAUGUAUUGACAACUUCUUAUGCUGGAGACAUUGAAGUGGCUGGAAACUUGACAGUUGGUGGAGUCAGUGGAGCCUUGAAGAUGUGGGACUCGUUUUCCAACAGCUCUGUUCGUAACUCUUUCCGUGAUGAAUUGAGACAACUCCAACGUCUGGCAAGAGACGAAGCCAAACAGGUUGGUCGUGCUUCGAGAAUUGCAAGAAAAUACCAGGGCUCUACCGGAGAAUCUGUCAUGACUGUUGAAGCCGGUGGUUUGGAAGAUGACUCAGACUCUGAUGGCGAAGAUGCCAACGACGACAUGGAAGAUGAAGAUUAAAAUCUUCUUCAAUUACCUCACCAUUAUCAUACGAUCAUAUGUGUAUAUUAGUAAUAGCAGCUUAUAUAGAAUGCAUUAUCACUUAACUAGAUAACUGAUUUUUCACAAUAGAUUCUUGGGCUAU